UUUUUGGAAUCAGGCAUCGAAUGGUUCGGGACAUAUUUGGUUCGGCUUCAGGAUAUUUUCGGAUCGGGUCGGGAACUUCGGUAUUCUAUUCCCCUCCUUUAGACUAACAAGUCCACCUCUUUCCACAACCACCGCCUGAAAGUGAGUGAGAGGCACUGAAAGAGAAGCCAGCAACAGAAGAAGAAUCGAACCCAACAAUGGAUCCACAACUGUGGCACAAAGUAGCCGCCCUCUCUGGAAUGGCAGCUCUUGGGUUGGGUACAUAUGGCGCCCAUGUCUUCAAACCCAAAAACCCAACUUACAAAGAGGUUUGGCACACAGCUUCUCUCUACCAUUUGGUUCACACAGCAGCUCUUCUUGCUGCCCCUAUCACCAAGAACCCCACCAUUUUUGGAGGCCUUUUGACUGCUGGAAUACUCGCAUUCUCCGGGACGUGUUAUACUGUGGCAUUACUCGAGGAUAGAAAGUACUCUACGUUGGCUCCUUUCGGUGGCUUUGCUUUCAUCGCUGCUUGGGGCAGCUUGCUAUUUUAAGAACUCCAACUUCUAUGGAUCCCUGUACAACUUAUGUUGUUGGAUUCACAAUCUAUGAUGGUCCUGCACAUAGAUCCGAAUGCACCUUCCUUGAAUUUCAAAGUUGCCCUAGAAGGCUAGGACUAAGUAAUUGCCUAAUGAUGUAUCAUGUAUAUCAAUGUACUGAUUGUGCUACUCGGUGGUAUUUUAUGUUCCUUUGCAUGUACGUGUAUAAUUCUUUCCA